AUGUUUUCCUCAGAAAUCGCCAGAUUACGGAAGUUAGGUGUACAGGGGGUUAGUCCUUCCCUUCCUUCUCCUUCUCCUUCCUUUGUGACUGACAAUCAGCUACUCUUCCAACUACUCAACCUUCUCAGCGUGGUCACAUCUGGAUUGAUGAUGUGGAAAGCACUUUGUCUUAUUACCAACUCUGAAUCCCCCAUCGUCGUGGUCCUUUCAGGAUCGAUGGAACCUGCAUUCUACCGCGGAGACAUACUUUUCCUUACGAACCCUCACCAUGACCCGUAUGAAGUUGGUGACAUUACCGUGUACAAAGUGCCCGGUGGAGAUGUACCCAUAGUACACAGAGUGAUAGAAUCACAUAUAACGAACACGACUCAACUUCUUCUCACAAAAGGAGAUAACAACCCAGGCGACGAUCUUGUCCUAUAUGGCGGUAUGCAAUGGCUGGAACCGAAACAUAUCAUUGGUAGAGUCAGAGGGCGAGUUUUGUUCUUGCCUUAUGUGGGUUAUGUGACGAUAGCUCUGGUCAGUCAGCAUCUAAACUUUUAG